AUGGAGAAGGUGCCACAGCUGAGCUGCGAGCUCUGCCGCGAGCGCAAGGUCAAAUGCGACAAGCUGACCCCCUGCACCACCUGUGCGUCAGCUGGCGUCGUCUGCGUGCCGGUCCGGCGACUGCGCCUGCCGCGAGGACGCCAUGCUCGCCGCUCAGGGGCUGUCGACGACGACCUCGAGACGCGCAUCCGCCGCCUCGAAGCCCUCGUCUCGGACAGGACGGCCCCAAUUGCGAUAUCUCAGACUCAGACUCAGUCCCAGUCCCAGCCCCAGUCUCAAUCCCAGUCCCAGCCUCAGUCUCAGUCCCAGUUCCAGCCUCGGUCUCAGUCCCAGUCCCAGCCUCAGUCUCGAGGUCUAGACAUAGACCCAGACCUCGACCUGGCAGUCCGCAAUCACAAUCACGAUGCGAAUGCCGGGCCACAAAUACGAGCACCCUUGGUGUUGCAGGAGCCGAGCCACUUCUGGGCCGACCUGGCUGACGAGAUUCACGGCCUUCGCAACGCUAUAGAAUCUACCUCACCAGACGACGAAGACGAGGAAUGCAGCCAGGCCGAGACAGACGAAUGCCGUCUUCUCCACCGCGGCAUCGGCAUCCUCGGCCUGUCCGCCGCGCCAGUCCGGGAUCCAGACACUCCAAUGCCGCAAGGCCGUGCCCUGGCCAGCCAGCUAUGCCACAUCUAUCUCCAACAGGUCGAUCCCUGCAUCAAGAUCCUGCAUCGACCGUCAAUCCACAAGUUCCUGGUCCGGGGUCAAAACUACCUGGCGUAUCCCGAAGGGCACGCCUCGCCACGCGUCCUGAGCGCCGCAGUGAGCUAUGCCGCCGCAAGCAGCAUGACGGAAAACCAAUGCCGGGCUACCUUCCGAACCCCCAAAGCCAGUCUCGUGGCCGACUGCCGGCGGGCCUGCGAGAUUGCUCUCAACGCGUCUGGCUUACUAACCACGAGCGACAUGACCGUCCUGCAGGCCUUCCUCCUGUACCUCGUCGCCCGGCGGUCCGAGGAGCGCAGCCGGGCCGUAUGGACGCUGCUGGCCACGGCCGUGCGCAUCGCCAAGGGCAUGUCGCUGAACCUCGACCCGGACGAACUGGGAGCGGCAGGCCCCGGCCGGCGCCGCCGCGAGACCUUCUUCGCGCGGCAGAUGCGCAAGCGCCUGUGGCUGACCAUCUGCCUAAUCGACCUGCAGGCAUCCUUUGGCCAGACGUCGCAGCCGCUCAUCGCGCUCGACGAGGUCGUCGCCUCGUGCGCCAGCAUGCCCGCGCACAUCAACGACGCCGACUUCGGCCCCGCCACCCACCCCGCGAUCCCCGACCGCGAGGGCCUCACCGAUACCACCCUGGCCAUGGUCACGUACAAGCUGCAGCUCAUGGGCCGGCUGACCAACUUCGCCGCCGCGCCCGCCGGCCCCGCCCGCGAGACCCCGCAGCAGCAAAGAGCACACAUCGACCGCUUUGAGCACGACGUGCUGCGGCUGCUUUGGCUGUGCGACCCCGAGGCGUCUGCCUACGCGUGGUUCACCCUGCACAGCGCGCAGUGCUUCGUGCCGGGCGCGCGGGCGUGCCUACUACGGCCACUGCAGCGCGGCCCGCCGCCGCCACCGCCGAGCCAGAACAGCACCGAGCUGCUGCGCCUCAGCGUGCUGGUCCUACAGAAGGCUCUACUCGUGCACACAGACCCGCGCGGCGAGGGCUUCCGUUGGUACGUCACCGUGCAGUGGCACAUGGUGGCCAUCGCCGCCGCCGAGUGCUUCGUGUGCGCCGACAACAUCGUCCUAGGGACUGAUGGGGACACCGAUGCUGAUGGAAUGGUGGACGCCGUGCGUGCCGCGUGGCCCGUCGUCGAGGCCGCCUCUGCCAUGCUCGCCGAAGGUGGCAUCGGCGGCGGCGGCGGCGGCGGCAAGCUGCGCGGCCCCCUCGCCAGGCUCGUCGAGCGCACGCGCAAGAAGGUCCAGCCCGUGCUGGCGAGGCGCGCGGCCGGGGGAGGCGAUCCUGUGGUGGGUCUACAUCAUGGCCUGUUUGACCUACGGGGGCGGCAUGCGCCGAGCCCGGCACCAGCACCGAUGUCGGUCUCAACAUCAGCAGCCGCUGCACCACUGGUACUUGAGACGCAGCCCUGGUUGUCCGAGCCUAGGCAUCAGGCGGCAAAUGGAAUCGACGUCUCAGCGAACGGCGAGCUGGACGGCCAGUCGUGGGGCGUAUGGGAGGAAUUCGUUUCGGGCAUCGCCUUUGAGGAUCCCGCUGCGAGUGACUUGUUCUUUGACGAAUUCGAAACGAGUCUGACUUAA